CCCCACGAUUCCCGCCCUCCUCCCGGGCGCUCCGGGCAGAACCAACACGCCCAGCCGCCCGCCCGGCCAACGGCUGACUCCGACCGCGCGCCGCUGGCGAUCCCCCAGGCAACUCGGCGUCACGAGAACCAGCACCCCGGAGACCCGGCGCCCGGCCCUGCCUCCGCGGCCCCUGGGCCCCGGCCAGGCGCAACAAGCACUCCCUUCUCGGUGCGCCGCGGCCCCUCCGGGCCUCCGGCGCUUGCCAACUAGGCCCCGCUGCGUAGCCCACCUCCCGCGGAGCCCGCAGCCCUGGGAGAAGGCAGCGGGAAAAUCUCUUGUUUACUGGGCCGGGGUGAUCCUAGGUUGGAUUCGCUUCCCCAUUUCUGCAGUUCCCCUUCUGCUGAUUCCUGGGACCGGAGAGGAAAGGGGGGAAACCCGCUGACGCACCCCGGGAUAGGGAGUGAGGUUGGGGUACGGGGAGGGGGGGACUCGAACUCGUGCAAAAGUCCCCGGGCGGCGGCAGGGGCAGGACUCGGUGGCCAGGCCGAUGUGUCACGGAGCGCAGAGACCGCGGGGGCCUGGUUAAACACUGUACCUCGGGGAACUGAACCGUGAAGGCUAAUUAGGACAGGUCCGAACAGGGAACGGGGACACGGGGAGGGGAGCGCGCGCUAAGGUGGACCGUGUCCCGGGCGAUCGCAGGAAACCCAGGCGCCGGGUAGUCGGACCCAGGGCGACUUCUGCCCACGGUCCCGAGUGGUUCUGGGCCCGGCCCACGGCGUUAGGGGCGCGCGCGGUGGCGUUCCCACGCACACUUGGUGAGCCGGGUGCCGGGGAAGGAUCGCGCGUGCAAGAGGUGGACGCUCGGUGUGUGGUGUGUCCACGUGUGCAAGCUCGGGGAGGGCAGGGGGCUCAGAAGGCACGACAAAGACAGACUUUGUAUCUGAGUGUGCGCCUCGCUCUAGUCCGGAGCGGCGAACUGUGCCCCGCGUGUGUCUCACGGGAGAGCUAGGACGAAGGUGACAAAGACUAGGUGUCCGUCCCGGAGAGACGCACCAAGGGGGCCCCCGCGCGUGUUUGUGUGCGCGCGCGCUGGGACUUGCGGAGAGGGAGAGCCCGCCCGCGAAUUGUGUUGGCCUGCACCCCAAACCGCUUUCCGGAGAGAAAACCGAGUCCCGAAAGUAAGUGCGCGUGAGUGUGCGCGCGCCCGCGUGCGGGGGCGUGGCAGUAAACAGCAGCAACCCACAAGCCGGCUUGGCCAGAAACUCCGAUCUCCCUCCCCUGCCGGAAAGUGCGUCUAGUCUGAGCCUGGAGGACCCGGCGGAGGGAGAUGGGAUGAGCAGCUCUUGAAGAUGUGCAGAUUGCCCGAGGCUAAGUCUGAGUGACCAUUCUCAGGGUUCAUACCACAUCUCCAACUUCACCCCAAGGGACCCAGCUGGGGCCUGGCCUGGGAGCCAGGAUGGCCAUCCAGAAAGCGGUGCUGAUAUGCCUGGGACUGCCUCUCUUCCUACUCCCAGGGGCCCAGGCCCAGAACCACGCCCCAGCUGGCUGCAGCCCGGACCUCAACCCCCUCUAUUACAACCUGUGUGACCGCUCUGGGGCUUGGGGCAUCAUCUUGGAGGCAGUGGCGGGGGCGGGCAUCGUCACCACUUUUGUCCUCACCAUCUUCCUCGUGGCCAGCCUCCCCUUCGUGCAGGACAACAAGAAGCGGAGCCUGCUGGGGACCCAGGUGUUCUUCCUGCUGGGGACCCUGGGCCUCUUCUGCCUCGUCUUUGCCUGCGUGGUGAAGCCUGACUUCUCCACCUGUGCCUCUCGGCGCUUCCUCUUUGGGGUCCUGUUCGCCAUCUGCUUCUCCUGCCUAGUGGCCCACGUGUUAGCCCUCAACUUCCUGGUCCGGAAGAACCAUGGGCCCCGGGGCUGGGUGGUCUUCAUCGUGGCCCUGUUGCUGAGCCUCGUGGAGGUGAUCAUCAACACGGAGUGGCUGAUCAUCACGCUGGUGCGGGCAGGUGGCGGCGAGGGUGGCCCUCCGGCCAAUGGCAGUGCCAGCUGGGCCACCGCCUCCCCCUGUGCCAUCGCCAACGUGGACUUUGUCAUGGCGCUGAUCUACGUCAUGCUGCUGCUGCUCUGCGCCUUUACGGGGGCCUGGCCCGCCCUGUGCGGCCGCUUCAAGCGCUGGCGGAAGCACGGGGUCUUCGUGCUGCUCACCACGGCCACCUCCAUCGCCAUCUGGGUGGUGUGGAUUGUCAUGUACACCUACGGCAACCAGCAGCACAACAGCCCCACGUGGGAUGACCCCACGCUGGCCAUCACCCUCGCCGCCAAUGCCUGGGCCUUCGUGCUCUUCUAUGUCAUCCCUGAGGUCUCCCAGGUGACCAAGCCCAGCCCGGAGCAGAGCUACCAGGGGGACCUGUACCCCACCCGGGGCGUGGGCUACGAGACCAUCCUGAAAGAGCAGAAGGGCCAGAGCAUGUUUGUGGAAAACAAGGCGUUUUCCAUGGACGAGCCAGCCUCAGCUAAGAGACCAGUGUCACCGUACAGUGGGUACAAUGGGCAGCUGCUGACCAGUGUGUACCAGCCCACUGAGAUGACCCUGAUGCACAAAGCCCCGUCAGAAGGAGCUUACGACGUCAUCCUCCCGCGGGCUACUGCUAACAGCCAGGUGAUGGGCAGUGCCAACUCCACCCUGCGGGCCGAAGACAUCUACGCAGCCCAGAGCCACCAGGAUGCCACCCUGCCGAAGGAAGGCUCAGUCCCCAAGAUGGUAGACGCCCUCUUCCCUGGACCGCACGUCGUUCUGCUGCCCUCAUUCCUCUGUGUCCAGGCUGGGCAGGGCCCUUGUCACUGGAGCGGGAAGGGCCCGGAGGCCACCGAUCUGGAACAGUGGAGUCAGGGGCCGUGUGAAACCCUGGGGCAUGUGGCUGGGGCUGUGGUCCACCCCCCCUCCCCGCCCCCGCAAUUCCUGCCCAGCCCAGCCUCUCCUGGUCCCCAAGUGACCUGAGACCACAGGAGCCAUCUGCAGACACCCAGCCUCCCUCUGGAUGCCCUCCCCCGACAUCACAGCCCCUGUGCCCCCUGCUGUGGGUCUCCAGAUGGUCAUCCUUCCUGGCCAUCUUUCGGUUCCAGCCUCAGCCAGUCCCGCCCUGCUCCAAGGCGAAGCCAAACCGUGGCGAAGCUGGCCCUUGCCCUUCUCACCUGCACCUCCUGCCACCACCUGGACCGUGGAAGGCCGCUGAGCUGGGCAAAGCUCACUCGAGACCCGGACAGAUCGUGCCUCUCUUCCUGGCCUGCGGGUCCUGGAUCUGAGCCCCUCUGCAUCACCACCUGAUACCUUCAUUGAACUAGGUCCCAUCAAGACACAAGGUGGGGGCUAGGGCGGCAUUCUCAGGGGUCGAUUGAGAGUCCUGGGCCAGACGGACCGGGGUCUAGGCCCCUCCCAGGACUGAGACCUGUGGGACUGGGCGCAGCCCCUUAGGUACGAGGUGUCCAGGACUGCAGACUGCGCCAUUUCCUGACGGGCAGAUGGCUAGGCUUCUGCCUCACCUUGGGCACCUCGACAGCGCUGGUGCUGUUAUCAUCCAUGACAGGCUCCACCGGGUCCUGAUGGCCACCAAGGGAAGUGGGGGCGUCCUGGCGACCUGCAUGAUGCUGGUACCGGCAAGGAUGUGCGCACAGCUCCAGACUCGUGGGAACGAGAUCUCGGCAGUGUCUCCUUGGCCUCCUGCCCUCGGGUACCAGAGCUGGCUCAUCCAAGGGGCUCAAGCCAGGUGUGUCCCCAGAGCUCACCUCUGCCUGCUGAGACGAGGGAGGAUGAGCACAACGCAGGUGCUGACCCCGUAGGCUGUCCCACAGCCCUCACCCCCACCCCAGCGCCACCCUCCUGCCCCCAGCACCUGUGCCUUUGUCACCAGCGUGUUUCUCCAGGGCUAAGUUGGGUGAACAGGCCCUGCAGAGAGCAGGGCUGUACCCCCGAGUGUGACGACCCCCUCCCCAUCCACUGACUCUUGUCCUGGACUGCCCAGUUCCAUGAAUGGAGUAUUAGUUACUCUGAUGGAAGGGGAGGGGGGAGCUCUGAGCACCCCCGACUCCUUGUGAUCUAGGUCAUAGCCCCAAAUCCCUCGCGGUGAAGAAAGGCUCUACCUCGCUUUUCGAGCUGAGAGUCUCGAGUGAGUCCUGGCAGUGCCAAGAGGCCACGGGGAGCAGCCUGCAGUGAAUGUGGGUUUGUUCAGAGUCUGAGUCCCCUGGAGGCCUGUGGGUGAGGCCGGGGAGGGAUGGGCUCCUGAAAGAUGCAAACCUGCCCAGAUUCAAGAAUACCCCGUGGCCCUGCUUCCUCCAGUCUAUGGCCAAGUGAAGAAGACAGAAGUGUUCCAGCUGCAUCACAAGCCUUGAAUGGAAAAAACCAGAAUAGGCCAGAACCUGUUGCAGGUGACGUCAGGCCAACACCUUGGUAAACGGCACACCCAUUUCUGUCAAACCGUGUAGCUCGGGGCAGGGUAGUUUGGACUUAAUCACUGCUCAGGAUUACAUGACCUUAUUCUCUGUUUGUGAGGAAUUACUA